AUGAGUAAAGUCAAGGGCACAUCAAUACAACACAGCCAGGUACCCCCUAGCCUGGAGCCAGUGAGGGUGCUGCCACAAGGUCACAGAGGGCUCUCUGUCAAGAGUCUCAACUCCUUCCGAGGCAAGAUCAUUGACAGCAACUGGAGAUCUCAGCAGAGCGCAGAUUCUCAGCCAAAUAUUAGGACAUACUCUGGAGGUAGCAGAAAUCAGGUAAUUGAGUACCAGGACUCAGAGGAGAAAAAGAUAGCUUUGGAACUGCUGGAAACAGAGAAGGCCUAUGUCAACCGUCUUCACCUUCUGGAUCAGGUAUUUUUUUCAGAGCUGAUGAAUGAAGCCAGAAGUGGAAGAACUAUUCCAGAAGAUGUGGUGAAAAUGAUAUUCUCUAAUAUCUCAUCCAUUUACCAGUUCCAUUCCCAGUUUUUUUUGCCAGAACUGCAAAAACGUAUGGAGAACUGGGAUUCAAAUUCCAGGAUUGGGGACAUCAUCCAAAAGGUGGCUCCUUUCCUGAAGAUGUAUAGUGAAUAUGUGAAGAACUUUGACAAGGCGGUGGAGCUGAUUGCCACAUGGUCUGAGAAGUCCUUGCUGUUCCAGGAGCUCAUCUCAAACAUCCAGAGACGGGAGAUCUCUGCCAACUUAACCUUGCAGCAUCAUAUGCUGGAGCCAGUACAGAGAAUCCCCAGAUAUGAACUCCUGCUGAAGGAUUACAUUCGAAAGCUACCUCCAGCAUCACCAGACAGGGAGGAUGCGCAGAAAGCUCUGGAAAUGAUUUUCACUGCCGCCAAGCACUCCAAUGCUGCCAUUGCAGAAAUGGAACGUCUCCAGAACCUUUGGGAGGUUUACCACAGACUGGGGCUUGAAGAUGACAUUAUUGACCCUUCGAACGAGCUAAUUAAAGAGGGGCCCAUUCAAAACAUUUCCUUCCGCCACAACAGUACAUCAGAGAAAUACCUGUUCUUGUUUAAUAACCUGCUGCUGUACUGUGUGCCAAAAGUCAUUCAUGUGGGUGCAGAAUUUCAGGUGCAUAGUCGGAUUGACGUGGAGGGCAUGAAGGUUCGGGAACUAAAUGAUGUGGAAUUUCCUCAUGCUUUCCUUGUGUCAGGGAAGCAGCGGACUCUGGAACUGCAAGCAAGGUCCCAGGAGGAUAUGAAUGAUUGGAUAAAGGCUUUCCUGUCUGCCAUUGACAAGAAGAAGAAGAGGAGUGAGAGCUUCACUCUGGCCAUCCAAGGGACUGAAGGAGGGACCCAAGACUUCAGUUGCCAGUCUGAAGAGCUGGGCAAGCGGGCUCCACAGUGGGUGAGAGACAAGCUGGUAACCAUGUGCAUGCGUUGCAAAGAGCCAUUCAAUGCUAUCACACGCAGAAGGCACCACUGUCGGGCCUGUGGCUAUGUGGUAUGUGCCCGGUGUUCUGAGUACAAGACUGAACUGCAGUAUGACAGGAAUGGGCCCAAACGUGUCUGUGUGGAGUGUUACAUCUUCCUGACAGGACGUUUACUGCCUGAUGAGCGCCACGGGAAGCACAAAGGGAUUCUGGAGAAAGAAUCUGCAGAAAUCUCUGGGCAGAGCCUGAUGUGCAGUUUUCUCCAGCUGCUGGAUAAGAAUGGAAAGGGGAACAUGAGGGGCUGGUUUGUGAUCCCUCGAGAAGACCCUCUGGUGUUGUACAUUUACGCCGCACCUCAGGAUGUCAAGGCUCACACCUCAAUCCCCCUGCUGGGCUACCAAGUCAAGGAUAUGCCCCAGAAUGAUACCCGUCACGUCUUCCAGCUUGUCCAGUCCAAGCAGAUUUACACAUUGAUGGCAGAGACAGAAGAACUGAAACAGCGAUGGAUGAAAGCCAUAGCACAGGCAGCUCAUGGAGAAGAGGAAGAAGACUCAUUUGAUGAACUGGAGUAA